AAGCAACUGAAGAUGGUGAGAGAACAGUAUCUGACAGCCACAGAGGGCACCCUCAUAGAGAGGCCGGAGAACCAGUGCAUCUACAACAUCGGCAUUUAUGGCUGGAGAAAGCGCUUCCUCUACCUCUUCGUUCUUCUCCUACUCAUCAUCUUCAUUGUGAAUUUUGCCCUUACAAUUUGGAUCCUUAAAGUGAUGUGGUUCUCUCCAACAGGAAUGGGUCACUUGCAUGUAAGAAGUGAUGGACUUCGCUUAGAAGGAGAAUCUGAAUUUUUAUUCCCAUUGUAUGCCAAAGAAAUACACUCCAGAGUGGACUCAUCUUUGCUUCUACAGUCAACUCAGAACGUCACAGUCAAUGCACGCAACUCAGAAGGGGAGGUCACAGGCAGGUUAAAAGUGGGUCCCAAAAUGGUAGACAUCCAGAGUCAGCAGUUUGAAAUCCUCUCUGCAGAUGGCAAGCCACUAUUUACUGCUAAUGAAAAGGAGAUUGCAAUUGGCACAGAUAGACUUCGAGUCACCGGACCUGAGGGGGCUCUUUUUGAACACUCAGUGGAGACUCCCCUUGUCAGAGCUCAUCCAUUUCCAGAUCUUAGGCUAGAAUCUCCUACACGGAGUCUGAGCAUGGAUGCCCCAAAAGGGAUUAAUAUAAAAGCUCACGCUGGGAAAAUUGAGGCUCUUUCUCAAAUGGACAUCCUUUUGCAGAGUAGUGAAGGAAUGCUUGUGAUUGAUUCGGAAACCCUGUGCUUACCCAAGCUGGGGCAGGGGACCUGGGGCCCCUCUGGCAGCUCACAGGAACUGUAUGAGGUCUGCGCAUGUCCAGAUGGGAAGCUGUACCUGACCAUGGCUGGUGUGAGCACCACGUGCCAGGAGCACAGUCACAUCUGUCUCUGAGC